GCUAAGGCACAUACACAAACCGGAACCCGCCCUUACGUGACCCGGCGUUGUCGGAGACCGGUUCCGGAGACAAGUUCUUGAUUGCAAUAAAACGGAUUCGAAGUACCAAAUUUGAAUCUCUGAGAAAGUCUGUUAGUUGUGGGUUUGAAUUUUGAAUUUGAGUCUUGAAGGAGAUGGGAUCGGAGUUGAUAUACAGGGGGCACGAGGAGGCCCAGCCGACGGCGGACGGCUACUCGCCGAAGCCAGCGAAGCCAUGGUUCUCGGUAGUUCGUCCGCUUCGUUACUUGCUUCGCGAGCAGAGACUGAUCUUCGUCGUCGUUGGCAUUGCAAUAGCUACUGUUUUCUUUACUCUCCUCCAGUCCUCGUCUCCCGCCUCUUACCGGCACGAAAGCUAUGUCCCGAUUUCGGGCUCCAUCUCUUACUUCGAUCGUGACUCGCACUGGCAGUCGAACAAGCCGUACGAGCAUAACCGGAUGUUGGUGCACUCAAGCGGGAAGGUGCCUCUAGGGCUCAAGCGGAAGGGGCUGCGGAUCGUGGUCACAGGCGGGGCAGGGUUCGUCGGUUCGCACCUUGUGGACCGUCUGAUUGCGAGGGGAGAUAGCGUGAUUGUCGUGGACAAUUUCUUCACCGGAAGGAAAGAGAACGUUAUGCACCAUUUCUCUAACCCGAGAUUCGAGCUCAUCCGACACGACGUCGUUGAGCCCCUUUUGCUGGAGGUUGAUCAGAUCUAUCACCUCGCUUGCCCUGCCUCCCCUGUUCACUACAAAUUCAACCCCGUCAAGACUAUCAAGACGAAUGUGGUGGGUACAUUGAACAUGCUGGGACUGGCGAAGAGAGUCGGUGCGCGGUUCUUGCUGACCAGCACCAGCGAGGUUUACGGUGAUCCUCUGCAGCAUCCACAGGUGGAGACUUACUGGGGCAACGUUAACCCAAUUGGUGUCCGAAGCUGUUACGAUGAGGGAAAGAGGACAGCUGAGACAUUGACAAUGGACUACCACAGAGGUGCUAGUGUUGAGGUGAGAAUAGCCAGAAUUUUUAACACGUACGGGCCCCGCAUGUGCAUUGAUGAUGGCCGUGUCGUUAGUAAUUUUGUUGCUCAGGCUUUGAGGAAGGAACCUUUGACUGUUUAUGGUGAUGGCAAACAGACAAGGAGCUUUCAAUAUGUUUCUGACUUGGUUGAGGGUUUAAUGCGCCUUAUGGAAGGAGAACAUGUGGGACCUUUCAAUCUUGGAAAUCCUGGUGAAUUCACCAUGCUUGAACUUGCUCAGGUGGUUCAGGAAACAAUUGACCCCAAUGCCAAGAUUGAAUUCAGACCCAACACAGAGGACGACCCACAUAAGAGGAAACCUGAUAUCACAAAGGCCAAAGAUCAACUUGGUUGGGAACCCAAGGUGUCUCUUCGAAAGGGUCUACCUCUAAUGGUUUCAGACUUCCGGCAACGCAUCUUUGGCGACCACAAGGAAGGUAACACAACCCCCGCCGUGGCAUCUUAAGUUGGUGGUGUUUAUACAUAGAAGGAGAAAGGGGAAGAUCUAUUCCCCCAAACAGUGCAGCUGUUGAACAACUGCAGCAUUAGAGCGGGAAUUGAACCUCAUUUGUUAUUUUCAGUCAUCUUCGAGACCUUCUUGUUUACCUUCCCUUUCAGUCUUAAUAGACAGUGAGUUGUUGAUUCCUUAAAAGUUUAAUGGUAUCAUGGGCUGUGUAUUUUUGCACUCCCAUGUAGUUGUUCAUGAA